GGGAGGUGUUGCUAAUCGAUGUCCAAAUCUCAACUGCACACCGGCGAACAGGACUCCCAGAGGUUAAACCGAUGCAAUGGACUAAAAGACUCGCAGGGUGAAAGCAAUCUAUGAUCUGUGAAACCCUCCAGUAAGAGACCAGUAAGAGUACGUGGUUUUCAUUGAUACUCAUCUUAGGUCACUGGACGCUCAGGUCUUAUCUACUCCUCCUUCCUUGCAGCUCUGGUGUGAUCCACAGGUAUGGUGCAGAGGGAUGAGGUCAUGCUGUCUGCUCUGGGAGAGCUCCAGGAGGCCACAGAGAGCCCUGGCCUGGAUGCAGUGACCAAAGUGGCCCAGAAGGUGGAGCAAGUCCUCGCUGCCUUUCAGCUGCCUAAGACCACCUGUCAGGAUUUCCCUGAGUGGGCAGGAGUGGACGAUGCUGCUCAUGGUUUGUACCCAGCUGAUGCACCCAGGGGCCUCCUUCCUCUAAACUGUGAUGGAGAAGGCAACUUACUGUUUGAUGCAAUCAGCUUGCUGUUAGUGGGCAACACUGGACUGAGCUUGGAGCUACAGGUACGAACCACAGUGGAAAUGGCACUGUGGAAGAGAUACUACUUGUCUGGGAUGAUAGAUUCUAAAAUGAUGCUGCAGGCUGUUCGCUUCAGUCUGUGUGCUGAAGAGUCUGAGGACAUGGUAAACCUGCCUGGAACAGUAUUAGAGGCCAUCUUUGAUGCAGAUGUUAAAGCUUCCUGCUUCCCUGGCACCUAUGCUAACAUGUGGCAUGUGUAUGCCCUGUCAUCAGUUCUUCAGUUCAACAUCUACUCCAUCUACCCCAUGUUCAAUCUGAAGAUCAGACCCUAUUUUAACAGAAUCAUACGCCCGAGGACCUGCCCGAAAGACUUUGAGCCCCAAACCAUCCACAUUAUGUGGUCUGGCGAGUUGCAGUCCGAAUCAUCAUUCAGACCCAAUCAUUUUGUGGCAUUAGUGCGCACAAAUGAGCUUACGUUUGAAAGCCCUAACAGCACACAGAGUGUGCCAGCCAUUAAGAGUGACGAGCAGAAUCAGGACCCCCAGCUUUCUUAUCCCAGUCUGAAAGACAAGUACAACAUCACCAAGAGGACCUUCUAUCGUUGGAAGAGGCAGACGCAGGAACACUGCAAAAAGUCAGCAGCCAGGUAUGAGGCUAAACAUUUCUUGCAAGCUUGCUACUUAUCAGGCAAGCUCAUCCCUUUGCACGUGUUUAAACAGUUCUUCCCCGAGAUCUCUAGGUCAUCCUAUUACAACUGGAAGCAUGAGCUCCUGAAAUCUGGAGGAAAAUUCUCCAACACCUCUUCGACUGGGGAGACGAGUUCAGGAGAUAGCACAGAGCAGGAAGCCUGGUCAUCACCUGAUGCAAAGCAGGAUGAACUGGAUCCCAAUGAUAGCGUGGCAGGUAUGUUUGGCCUCAACCUUGGCAAGCUGGAUGCAGAACGUGCUCACAAUGUGCUACAUAUGCAGGAAGCUAAGCGCUGCCUGCAAAAUUGCAUUGCCAUGAACACAUCCUUGCCCUUCAGGAUCUUUAAAAGAAAUUUUCCAGGAAUCUCAAGAUCGACCUACUACAACUGGAGAAGAGAAGCCAUGCUGUUCAACAGAGGGUACAAAGCCAGCACUGGCAGCAGUGAGGAUAGCUCAGACAAGAGUCAAAGCCCUAAAAGUCUGUCACCAGAGCUGCACAAUGUCAGCCAGCCUGCUUUGGCAAAGAUGAGGAUAUACAGACAAAAACACAGAAGCUACAGGCUUGCAUAUAUGAGCAAAAAACAGCUCAGAGAAGCUGCAAAGUUGCACGUCCAGAAGGCCAAAUGGUCCUUGGCAAAGUUUAAGAUGAAAUUCCCCUCCAUGUCGACUUGUCUCUAUUGGCUGUGGCGUAGUAGCCAGAACCACAAGAAGAAAAUGGUCACCCAGAACACAAAGGCCAAUGUCCUCAAGACGCUAGAGAGCACAGGUACAGAAAAUCAGACCACUGAAAGCAGGGUGGAGAGUCAGCAUGUAGCCCCAUUUGUUGAGAGCCCUAAAUUUCUAGAAAGGCCCACCAUGCCCCCCUUUGUCCCCACCCACAUCCUUCAGAGAAAGGCACCUGUAGGUGAGCCGAUGUUUCCGAUGGAUGUUGUGACUCUGGCCAACUUCAAGGCAAAGGCCAAGCUCUUCCUACAGCAGCGCUUUGAGGAGAAAUCCUUCCCCACAUUUAAAGAAUUCAGGUCCUACUUCCCGUUCACCCCUCGCUCAACCUACUACAUGUGGAAGCGAGCCUUGCAUCACGGGGUGUCACUAAUUCAUGCUUAAAAGCUUUUAUGCCACUUAAAAAUUGGCAUUCGGGAGCAAAAUGAAAGCUCUGCUAGUCGACGUCACGUUCAUACCUCAGCGUUUUGUUCUAAACAAACUACCUACACAUUGUUGCCUUAUAUUCUAAUGUUCUAAAAGACUGUAUACUUGGGCUUAGCAUUUAAAUGCAUUGUGUCCUUUCCUCCCCCCCAGUACCACCCCAGUAGGUCAUUCCUCCCUCCUGGACAUUUGCACAUGCACAUGUGUGAAAAGAAACUGAGCUGUGGGUCCAUUUAAACCCUGCAUGUUACCCUCCAGGCAAAAGGCAGUUCAAAGCUUUUGUUUUGUGCCAUUUUGUUUGAACCUGUGUCUCCUACAUUCUCCUUUUAUCCCCAUCCCCACUAUAUUAUUCAGGUGUCCUUAUUUUUCUUUCUUUAACUUUUUAUUUUUUCUUUAAUUCUUGAUGCUUAAGUGUAAGUCUUUCGUUGUAAUUGGCCUGGGGAUUUAAUGUUUUGGUUUUUUUUUUAUUUCUUUGAAUGUAAACAACAGUGUUAGUAUUCAGAUAAGAUUACUUUUUGUUAUGAAAAAACAGGGUUGCAUUUUCCUUUCAGGUUGUUGUUGUUUUUUUUUUUGUUUGUUUUGUUUUUGUAAUACACAUUAGGAAGCGACUUGGUGAGCUGACGAUUUAGGUAGUUUUUAAAUGAUCUUAAGAUUUUGACAUGCUGGCUUGACUUUUGUCUAGAAACUUAGUAGUUCAUAGUACCAUUACACUGUUGGAUGUACUACAUGAGCCAUUACACCAUCUAGUUCCAUCUCCCAGCAUGUCAGUUACUGCCCUGUUAUCAAUAGGCCAGUGAUACCGCAGAAAUAUGCACAUGGUGUUCUUUUCACCUCGUGCCUCCAUGCAUCAUUGGAGGCAGGAGUGACAGCGGUGCAAAUCAACACUGGUUUGUCAACCAGAAGACCUUGACUCCUUUUCCACUCCAUUUAACUACUGGGUUAGAUUUAGAGGAAAGGAUCUUGACAUUCUUGGAUUAAAUGGCCACCUUAAAAAGGUUCCUGUAUGCUAAAAAAUUAUGUUUAACAGACCAAAUCGAGGAGGUUUCCAUUUCGGGUGACACUUUUCUCUUGACAUCUUGUGCAUAUUUUUGUCACACCAGUGAUUUGAGGCAGUAUCUGACAUCAUUGCAAUGAGAAUGUGAUACACACUCUGAGUAUCUACUUCAGAGUAUUUUAUCAUUGUGUUGUUGUAUUUUUUUUUUUUUUUUUUAACUGAAUCUAAUUUUGUGAAAAAAAACAAGCUAAAAACUGAAUGUAUGAAUACGUGUCAUUGUGCACACAUCUUAAUAUUAGAACUACCUACAUCAGUAAAAUAUCUGUGAACAUUUGUCUUUUCAUAAGCUACUCUUUUGUAUUGUGCACCCUAUGGA